AUGCUAAAAUUUGCAAGGAGAUUUUUUGGGCAUAAAGAUGAGCUUGCAAGCUUCCUUUCACAGAUAGGAAUAAGCAACUCACUCCCUUGAGAAUAAGAAAAGCAGUAAAAUUGAAAAUAAUUAAAUUAGUGAUUUUUUUAAUACCAAGCACAUAGAAAAUUCUAUAGUUUUUUGAAGGGGAGAUAGUGACUAAAUACAGCAUCGAUGAAGGGAAAGUAGAAGUUCAGCUGAAAUUAGACGAGAGCUAUCGGAAAAAUAGAGCUGCGUUGCUUAAUCAUAUUAAGACGUUGCCAUGGGUGAAUGACUGUAAAGUCACAAUUGCUCCAGCAGAGCAGAAGACCAAGGAUUAUGGGAACUUAAAGAAAGUAAAAAAUAUUAUUGCUGUCGCAAGCUGCAAAGGAGGAGUAGGGAAGUCAACAGUCGCUGUAAACUUAGCAUUCAGCAUCUCACUUCUAGGCUAUAGAGUGGGAAUUUUUGAUGCUGAUAUUUAUGGACCAAGCUUGCCAACUCUUAUUAAUUCCCCUCAAACUUAUCUUGAAAGCCCUAAGGAUGAUCCAAAAUCAAUUAUUCCUAUAGUUUAUAACGGAGUAAAAUGCAUGUCAUAUGGCUAUGCUGCAGCAAACAAAAAAGCAAUAUAUAGAGGUCCUAUUGUAUCUGCACUCAUUCAGCAGCUUCUAUUUAAUACUCUAUGAGAUGAAUUAGAUUAUUUAGUACUAGACACUCCACCAGGCACCGGAGACAUACAAAUUACAUUAUGCCAAGAAUUACCUAUUUCUUCAGCAGUCAUUGUGACAACCCCUCAAAAACUCAGCUUUGUAGAUGUUGUUAAAGGUAUAGAAAUGUUCGACGAAUUAAAAGUUCCAACAGUUGCAGUUGUUGAAAACAUGAGCUAUUUUGAGUGCUCAAACUGUAAAGAAAAACACAGGCCGUUUGGAUUGGGAUAUAAAGAUAUGCUUGUUAAGCAGUUUGGUAUUAAAAAUUCUUUUGAGCUACCAAUGCACUCUGACUAUUCUAAGUUUGGUGAUUUAGGAGCCCCUGUUGUCCUUGUUCAUCCUCCUCAGUCAAGCUUGGUAGAAACAUUCCUUGAAAUGGGCAGAAAAGUGAUGCAAGAAACUGAGACUGUGAAAAAUAUAAAAAAUCCAAAAGUUUGGUAUUCUCCAAAAGAUUCACUUAUUUAUGUGGAGCAAGAUAAAGAGCUAACUAUAUCUCCUUAUAAGUUAAGGACUAGCUGCCAAUGCGCAGCAUGCGUUGAUGAAUUUUCAGGAGUUCAGCUAUUUAAACCUGAGCAAAUCCCAGAAGAUGUAUAUCCUUUGAAGAUUGAGGCUAAAGGAAAUUAUGCUGUUGCAGUAACUUGGUCAGAUGGGCAUAGAUCUUCACUUUAUCCAUAUUCUAAUCUAAUUUCUAUAGCUAAAUCACCAUAA